AUGACUGAAAGAAGGCGUGAAGUGGGCAGCAUUGUACCCGUCACUGAUCCCCCGGUAAUACAGCCUCUGAUGGGUUCCUCAUCGGUGAGGAAAGCUCUUAUGGAAUUAGAAGUAGAAUGGAAGAUGGAAACGUGCAACUUCGCGAUACCACCUCUCGGAUUCCGCUUCGAGGAAUUAACAUUUGGAUUUAGUUCUCUUUAUCCCUCUCAAGCCAGAUUCCCCAGAAAAAAAACUCGCAUGGCGUAUGCCUUGCUCUAUGGAAUGGCCUUGCAGGAUAUCUUUUUCUGCUUUCUGGUUCCUGUUUUACUCUAUCUACCUACAGGUUCUCGAGGUUCAGAGGUACCAAGAUUUGACCCUCAGCCAGAAUUUUUGAUGCCGCUUGAAAAUCACACGGUCACUCAAGGUCGUGAAGUAGUUUUCACAUGCGUCGUUAAUCAUCUUCAAUCUUAUAAGGUUGCUUGGAUAAAGUCAGACUCUAGAGCGAUUCUGGCUAUUCACACUCACAUGGUUGCACACAACUCACGUCUGUCAGUCACUCAUAAUGGAUUUAACACGUGGAAGUUGCACGUGGCCAACGUCCAGCCGAAUGAUUCUGGCACGUACAUGUGUCAAGUCAACACCGACCCAAUGAGAAGUCAGACUGGAUACAUGAAAGUAGUUGUUCCACCUGAUAUAAUUGAUCUUGAUGAAAAUUCGAAUCUUUUAACAACCGAGGAGAAAGGUGAAAUAUCUCUUCAGUGCAGAGCUACUGGAUCACCUGAACCGGAAAUCACUUGGCGAAGAGAAGAUGGCAAGAGUAUAAUCAUCAGAAACAAAAAGGAAUCAGGCCAAAGAAGGUCCGUAAAAAUAUACAAAGGCGAGCAGCUGCACCUGACAGGUAUUCUGAGACAGGAGAUGGGCUCAUAUCUCUGUAUUGCUUCCAAUGGAAUACCUCCCUCGGUCAGCAAGAGGUAUUAUGUGAACGUUUUGUUUAAACCGACAAUAAGGGUGAAUAGUCAAUUGGUUACAGUUCCAAUUAAUAGUAACGUUAAUUUGCACUGCUACGUAGAAUCAUCUCCGAGAACAUUAAACGUAUGGUAUAAAAACAAUGGGACAAAAAUAGUAUCGAAUGAAAAAUUCGAAAUGAAGGAAAUUCAACUGAAUGAGUACACUUACCAAUCAAAUUUGGCAAUUAGAAAUGUGGGUAUCGCCGACUUCGGCAGUUACUUCUGUUUCUCGGAAAACGCCCUUGGAAACGCAGAAUGCAGUAUAAGUCUGAAAGAAGAAAUUAACCUAGAUAAAACAACAGUUUCUCCGAUCAGAUAUACUGAAUUUUUUGGAAGAGGUCGCAAAAAGCAAAGUAACAAAGAAAAAAGUAACAAGAAACACAAUUUGUAUUCAACUGGAAGAGAAAAGUCUGAAGUUUUUCUCGACAAUAAAGAAAAUUUGAACAAUAGCAUUCAAAAUCCAAAAAAAAAAUUAUCGAUAGCUGUUACAACAAAAAUUUUGAAUCCCCCAUCUUUACAUCCUGCCCUUUCACCAAAACGAGCACAUUUUCCAUCCGCUGAUGAUUUUGAAAUGUAUAAUGUUUCUGUAUCUUUGUUCCAUUUCCGGCUAAACUGGCUCAGACUGAUAACGAUUCUAUUUAUUAUUUCAAUCUUUGUUUGAAUGUUGGGAAUUUCCUUUAUUAUUAGAAUAAUAAAAAUUAUUCUUUAGUUCGUGAUUCUUUAUUUCAAUAAUCUCAUCAAACUACAAUGAACUCUUGCUUAUUCCAAGGGUCGAGAGAUGUAAAAAUUUGAAUAUUUCGAAGCUCGAAGGCCGCCCUCCACCUCUAGCGCUAAUCGUGGGGAGACUUUGUCAAGUGGAUGUUCAUUGGCUGCCCUGGCCUUGUAUCGAUGCGCGCGCUGUAAGCAUGUGUACGUUCUUGCAUUUGCGCAUCAUGCAUGACAGUGUUUUUCAAGAGUUUUUGUUGACUUACGAACCAGCCAAAAUCACAGAGAACGAUGGAAAAGAUAAUCAGAUAUUAUGAAAAACAUAACAUUUCCUUGAAAUAGUACAAUUUGCCAAACUAAAAAAAUAUCAGAAAGGUUAGCAUAGUUGGUACACCUUCACAUGCGAAUGCAUACGCCUUUCUGGAGAAAAUAUUCUAAACGUAAAGGUAUGUCAUAAUUUAAAGAAUUGUAAUAUUUUUCAAGUCGAGAAUGUGAC